AAUAUUGAAAUAUCGGAGUGGACUGCAAGUCCAAUCAAGAAUCAUUGCCUCUUAUCCCAUCAAGCCGCUAAGAAGAUCCCCACCACUUCCGACAACGUUGAAUAAAAUCGCUUCUGCUCCACUUGAAAUAAGCUGCAUCUCAACUUUUAGUGGACUCUGUUCCCAGCUCAAACUUGUACCCUAGGUUAGGUAGACAUCGGCGUUAUCAUGACGGGAUUCGCAAGCCUGAGUACCGAACUCCAGGAGCUCAUAUUUGAAAAGCUCCGUGAGGUUGAUGAGCCACUGCAUAUUGCACUCAAAAACGCUAGCUUAACCUGUAAAGCGUGGCGUCAUCUAGCCGCGUGUAUCUUAUUUAGGCGUCUCGUGUUUGAAGUCGAUGCUGUACCAGAGCCCAGCGAGUUAGCCACAGGCUACUUGAAAUUCUUAAAGUCUCACGAACACCUACACCCGUACGUCCGUGAAGUCGUCGUCCCCAUCGGUUGCCCAAAUGUGACGAAGGAGUGGUCUUUAGAUUUUCUAAAACUAUUGUCUUGCUUUCGGAGCCUCAAGCAUAUCAGUAUUGGCGGGGAUAAAAAUGCGCAUCCAGAUUCCCGAAGACCUCGUGGCAGUCAGGAGUCCAUAUCUAUGGACAAACUUAGGAACGCGUUGUUCUACGCAUCAAAGCAUGGCCGUAAUGUCACCGUAACCUUACAACAUUACACUCACUCAUUAGACCGCAAGAGUCUAGAUCUCCCUCUUCUAGCCCCGUCUAAAUCACAAGAGCCUACCUUCAGUUCAAACUUAACUUCACUACGGAUUUCAUUCGUUCACUAUGUGUAUAAUCUCUAUGAGACGUGGAGAAACCCUGAUUACCCCAUAUGCCCAUCCUCUGAAUUAGCUGCUUUACUAGAACCUCACAAGAACCUAGAACACUUGUUUUUACAGCUCCCAGGCUCAGAAUCUUACGGCUGGCACCAUGUUAAUUAUGAGCAUGAGAGCAGCCACGCCUUGGAGAACAUUACCCCUAUAACCCCAUAUCUCAAAUCUCUAACCUUACACGGGGACUUUUCAAUCACAGAUAAAGCUUGGUCCCACUGGAGAUCGAUACCGUGGUCUAGACUGGAGUCGUUAACUCUAGUAGGCACUUCUAUGAUAAAAGAGCUAACAGAGAGACUUGCGGACCAAUCUCUCCCGUCUCUCCAAACACUCAAGCUUGCCCCUUAUAUGUAUAUCUACAGCAAUUUACUCCAUCAUAGACCGGCCCCGCGCCCAGCGAAAAUCGCCCUGAAUAUCAGCGUCCCUCAGUUAUCUCUGACCGGAUACCAGUCGGCCGCGCUUAUGGAGUACCUGAGCCGUAGCGCGCGAAAUGCUACCGGCCUGCGGAAGUUGCGCUUCCACUCGAUAGAGCCCGGUGCCGGACCGGGGCUUUCGGUUUUCGAUAUAGAACAGCUCAGCAUAUGUACCGAGCUAUCUUGGCUCGGCUUGGAUAUUCCCCGGGACUUUCUCCCUAAUAAUAACAAUAGCGACGAUAAACUUGGCCCUGAUAGUAGCUGGCAGGGGUACCUCGACGCCAUUGCGAGGCUCCGACCGCUACAACACCUCCGCACAUUUAUCCAUAAUGGCUACAGCAUAGAAGACGGACUCAGCAGACAUGACGUGAUAACAAUGUUCCGGUACAUCCAAUCCCGCAAGCAGGGUUGCCCACUCCAGAGCCUAGUCAUCUGCGAGGACCAAGGGGCGCGGCGGGGACUGUGGGUUGCGCGGGCCUGGAGCGAAGACAAGAUCGUGCUCGACUACAGGUUGCCCCUCGCCCUGAACGUGAGAGACAUCUGGGACUUCAAGGUGGCGCGGUCUAUGGAGAUAUGCGACACGAGAACUAUGGAGAAGGUGCAAGACUGUGCGACGCAAUGGAAGUACUGGAAGGGGUGGUGGGUGGAUGAGACUGAGGAUCUGUUCUGGGGCCUUUCUGAGGGGUGGUGAUGAGGAGGUGCAUACACGAUCUUAUGCUAGGCUGUCGCCUCAAGGGAGUCGUGAGCGGACGUGAGCGGAAUAGUAGCGGACAAAGCGGACAGAGCGGACUAUUGGCAGAUCACGACAUGGCUAAACCCUCCUGU